UCCUCCUUCUCCCAGCGCCGGCUCGGCCCCGUGCCCUGCCGCCCCCUGCCCGCUCCGAGCCCGGGCCACAGGAAAGAUGAUCCCCAGCCAGCACUGCUGAGCCACGAGGAUGGGGCCAGAUGUACCCCUGCUCAAUGACUACAAGCAGGAGUUCUUCUUGAAGCGCUUCCCUCAGACUCUGCUGGGAGGUCCCAGGUUCAAAUUAGGCUACUGUGCCCCUCCCUACAUCUAUGUGAACCAGAUCAUCCUUUUCCUGACACCAUGGCUUUGGGGAGGAGUGGGAACACUCCUGUACCAGCUGGGGGUGAUGAAGGACUUCUGCACAGCAGCGCUGGCGGGAGGACUCAUGUUUGUUACUGCACUUGCUCUUCAGAUGACAAACCUCUAUGCAAAGCAGAAAACAGUGACAGUAGAAAGAAUGCAAAUUCAGAAUACCCUGACAGAUGAAGAUGAGUUUGAAUUUUCCAGCUGUGUAGGUUCAGAGACAGUAAAAUUUAUUAUUCCUGGCAAGAAGUACAUAAUCAACACUGUAUUCCAUUCCCUUCUGGCAGGGGUAUUGUGUGGGCUGGGGACUUGGUAUUUGCUGCCAAACAGAAUAACCUUGUUAUAUAGCAACAUUGGAGGAACUGUUGUGAUCUUUGUGUUUGGAUGGGUGACCAUAUGUAUAGGAGAGUAUUCGUUAAUCAUAAACACAGCUGCUGAAACAGCCACUUUCCAAGCACUGGAUACUUAUGAAAUCACUGCUCUGAUGAGACCUUUCUAUAUUUUUGUCUUUAUUGCAGUGGAUCUUGCACACAGGUAAACGUAAUAAUGCAUUUAGCCACUUAAAAGUGAUGGUUAUUCUGUGUAUUUUUGAUGGGAAAGGUUAAAUUAUUCUUCUGAGGAAAAUUUAUUUUGAGAUUUUAAUCAACUGUAGUAACUUCAAAGGAAGAAGAUUGAUGCAUAUAUAAUAAAAAUUGAGGUCCUAUGCUGUGUAUAAAAGGCUCUUAAAUUUUUAUAGCAUCCCAUGUAAACUAGGAAGAGCAGUUAGUAAAAGAUAGGUAAAACUAUCUUCUACCAUGUCAUUUUUUAUAUUUUUGUAUUGGAGCAUUUGCAAAUACAUCCUUUUAAAGGAUGUGUUUUGAAAACACGUGUUCCUGACCUGGAAUUAUAAAUCUAAACGCUGCAAGCUUCAGGAUUACUGGAUUUAUGUCCAGAUUUGAUCCUGGAAUACUUUCUAAUUUAAGCUCUGUAAGUGAUAGCAGAGGCUUUUAUACAACAGGCAAAAAAAAAAAAAAAAACAAAAACAAAAACCUCUGAAUUUGGUUUUAAUGAAUGGAUAAGCAAAUGGGAAUAUUGCUGUGGCUUUGUGAUACAGAUUUGGAACUUGGAUUUUUAAAUGCUUUUCCAAUACAAAAGAGCUGUGUCAGUCUACAAAUUAGGAGAGUCACAUUUCUGUUUUUCAGAUGAGUGUCUUAGCUGAAGUAUUUGUAGUUUCAGGCUCCUAAAACAAGAUGCUUUUAGAUUUACCCUCUGUAUUCUUUCUCCCUGUCAGGUGAUAUUUAUAGCACUUUGUCACAUGUACAUAUUUUAUGGGUUUGCUGUCAACACACCCAUUCUAGAGCAGACAAACCAGAUUUUGCACGUCCUGUUUCUUUUUCUGCCAUUCUUGUGGGCAAUGGGAAUUCUGCCCCCACUUGAUGCACUUUUUCUCUGGGGAAUGGAACAACUGUUGGAGUUUGGACUAGGAGGUUCACCUAUGUCAAGUAACGCCAAGUUGUUAGUAAUGUUUCUCAUUUCUGCUGGAACAGCAAUAGCAUCGUAUUUCAUUCCCAGCCCCCUCGGUGUGAUCCUCUUCAUGACUGGAUUUGGGUUCAUACUGAGUCUUAACCUAAGUGAGAUUGGGUUUGCCUUCAAACACACCAUGAUCAGCCAUUUAGCCUCCAGCAAAGCUGAAAAUGCUCACAGGGGUCUUAGAAUACCAUUUGGGUGGAGGGAAUUAAUUUUCUAUGUGGCUGUGUUGGCAUUUGCUCUCACAGAAGCGAGCCUGCUGCAUCAAUUUGCAGGCUCCUCAUCGUUUUCCCCAGCCAGACCCCAGGCCAUAGCAAGUUACAUUCUGAUCCUAUUACUUGUAAUUAUGUGGAUUCUUAGAGAGGUUCAGAGAGUGUACUUGUUUGGAGUCUUCAGAAACCCCUUUUACCCAAAGGAUGUCAGGACUGUGGCUGUGUUCAUGGAGAAGCAAAGAAGGCUAAUGAAAGUUGGUGUUGUCAGGAGGAUUUUACUAACACUAGUGUCUCCAUUUGCUAUGAUAGCAUUCCUGUCACUUGACCAUUCCCUACAAAACCUGCAUUCCGUGUCUGUUUCCAUUGGAUUCACAAGGAUGUUUAGGAUGGUCUGGCAAAAUACAGAAAAUGCCUUACUAGACAUGGUGGUUGUGUCAGCAGCACAAAUGUUGGUGUUUAAUCCAGACCUCUGGUGGAACAAGAGCCUUGAUACAGGAAUCAAACUCUUACUGGUCGGUCUCCUGCGGGAUCGGCUGUUCCAGUUCCUGUCCAAGCUGCACUUUGCCAUCGCCAUCCUCCUGACCUCGUGGACGGAGAAGAAGCAGCGCCGCAGAUCCAGCGCCGCCCUGAUCGCGCUCAACGUCGCUUUCUUCCCCGUCCUGCUGGCCCUGGUGGCCGUCUCAGCGCUGCUUUCCUCGCCCCUGCUGCCCCUCUUCACCCUGCCCGUGUUCCUGGUGGGCUUCCCCCGGCCCCUGCGGAGCUGGCCGGGCCCCGCGGGCGGCACCGCCUGCGUCUGCUCCGACACCGUCUACUACCGGCAGCUGGUGCCCGGCCUGGCUGCGGCGCUGCAGUCUGCGCUGGCGGCCGGCGGCCUGGGUCUCCCUCUGCCUGGGUCUCAUUACUUGUGCCGCUUUCAGGACAGGCUGAUGUGGAUAUUGGUGCUGGAAAAAGGCUUCACAUACUGUGGUGUUAACAUUAAGGGGCUAGAACUGCAGGAAACAUCCUGCCAUGCUGCUGAAGCUCACAGAGUGGAUGAAAUUUUUGAAAUGGCCUUUGAACAUCAGGAGCACACAAGGAUUCUGUCUCCCAAUCCCCAUUUUGGACACAUCCUGACUCCCUGUACUGUGGUUCCUGUGCGGCUCUAUUCUGAUGCCAGGAAUGUGUUAUCUGGAAUAAUUGAUUCCCACGAGAAUUUAAAGCACCUGAAAGAUGAUUUUGUUAAAGUGCUUGUAUGGAUGCUUGUCCAGUAUUGUUAUAAAAAAUCGAAGACAUGGGAAAGCCCAGGCAGUGCCAACAAGAACAAGCAAGGAUCAUUUCCAGAAGAGCAGCAUAGUGGUGCAAUGAAAGGAUCCAGAGCUCUGAGGGAAGAAGACAGCUUUAGUGUUGAUACAGUGGAGGACUGGACUGAUGAUAGUGACAUUUUUGAUUUUGAACCCAGUAGCAGAACAAGAGACAGAAAAGAUCCUGGGCAGUUGGGACUGACACCCAAAGUGCACCUGUCUAUUCCAGGCUCCAUAGAAACACAGAGCCAAGAUCUCCUACAAGAAAUGUCUCCAGAAGAUAAAUUAAACAGGACUGUGGUGCUUGGGCUGCCUGCUGUGGACCAAGGGAAACAGCCAGAAGUUUUACCUCGUGUAGAAUUCAGUUGCUCUUACUCAGAACUGCUGAGCAUCCCUGAAGAAUGGAGAACAGCACCAGUACCUUCUUCCAAAGUCAGUGAAAUGAGGCAGAGGUUUCCUGAGGAAUGGUACCACUUUGUUCUGAGCCAGCUGGACUUUUUUCAUCUGAAAGAGAAGCCUUCCAGUUUACUCACAGACCUCAUGAAAGAUAAAGCUCUGAAAGAGCUGUACAUCCACGGGGUGCUGUCGUGCUGCUUUGGUCUGUUUGGGCUGGAUAACGCCGUGCCUGCCCCUCGCCACGUCUUCAGGGCCUACACGGGUGGCAUUCCCUGGUCUGCUGGCUUGGACUGGCUCACAGGCAAACCAGAGCUCUUCCAGCUGGCAUUAAAAGCAUUCAGAUACACCUUUAAACUUAUGCUGGACAAAGCCAGCCUGGGCCCAGUGGAGAACUUCAGAGAGCUGGUGAAUUACCUGGAGGGAUACGAAAGCGAUUGGUACAUUGGGCUGGUGUCAGACCUGGAGUGGCAGCAAGCAGUUCUGCAGGAAAAGCCAUACCUGUUCUCACUGGGGCAUGACCCGAGCAUGGGAAUUUACACAGGGCGAGUGCUCACUCUGCAGGAGCUGUUAGUCCAGGUGGGAAAGCUCAAUGCUGAAGCUGUGAGGGGCCAGUGGGCCAACCUGUCUUGGGAGCUGCUCUACGCCACCAACGACGACGAGGAGCGCUACAGCAUCCAGGCACACCCGGCCCUGCUGCGCAACCUGACCGUGCAGGCGGCCGACCCUCCCCUGGGCUACCCCGUCUACUCCUCACAGCUCCUGCAGCUGCCCCUCUUCUAGGCUGUCCUCUCCUCACCUAUGGCUGUUACUGGUUUGUCUUUUUCCUCUGUGUGUGGCAAUCAAGUGUCCAUGCUCGCCUGUGUGCUACAGAUCAGGUGUUGCUCUCAGGGUGGCAGUGCCAGGGCAGCGCAUGUCCUUGGUACAGAGGUGGUGCUGGCCAGAGCCUGCAGCUGCCAGGAAGGUGGGGGCUGGUUUCUUGCUGCUGGAACAUGAGACACCAUUGCCCUUGUGGCUGGUGAAAUUCUCUUCUCCAGCUUAAAGAAAAGCAACAUAAUUCUUAUCAUUACCAUAAUUCUGAUCAUUGACUAUUUUUGGUGCAUUCUGAUUUACUUUUACUUUUUUUUUUUUUCCAUGGACAGGUGACCUGCACUGCCAGUCAGGUUAUGGCCUCUUGUAGUGUUGUCAACCCCAGAGUUGGCAACCAAAGUGUACAUAGGACUAUUUAUAUGAAUUUUUUUAUUCUGGCCAUUUUAUAUUGAACUGAGUUCGAUUCUAGCAUUUGUUUUAUGACUUUCACUGAUCUUCCUUAUGUGUAGUAAGUUAUCAGCCAUGAUUUAACUAAAUUCUAAGGGACAAUUUUUACCAAACUACUUGUUUUGGUAAAAAGAAUUUUAUAUAAACCAGUGUGUGCUCUGACACAUUGAUAGCCUGGGUGACUUUAUUGAUGAAAGAAGUAAAUGUGUAUAAUUAGGAGACAGAGGGAAUUUUAAGAACAAAUGCUAUGAUUUCAUCUGCUUCUUCCAGUAUCCAUAUAUAUAUUUUAUAAAUAUAUAUCUAUAUAUAUAUAUCUAGAUAUAUAUAUGUUGUUACUUUCAUCUUCUCUCCACCUCCCUAACCAGUCUUCCACAAAUGCAGUGAGAGCUUCAUGAUGGGGGGUGGGUGGAAAUCCAGCUAGAAGUAUUUAUUUUUUUUAACCUCACUACAGGCUGGAACAGACCUGGACAGCUGGUUUGUAACAUUACAGGUCACCUUGAAAACAGGUCCAGGUCCAGUUUCCAGUGGCUCAUUUAUCCUGUUCACUACUGCCAGUCUUAGCACAUAACUGUGUUUUCUCAGCAAGACCAUGGUUACACUGUAGGCAAAUGCUGAGCAGGGAGCAGGUAAUUGUAUUUCGUACUCCUAUAGAAUCAAUUUAAGGUAACUGUAUUUCCUACUCCUAUAGAAUCAAUUUAAAUCAGACCUGCUCUGUAACUGAAGCAGUACUGGUUUGGAACACCCAGCCUUGUCUGGGUCUGAGCACAUUUAUUACUUUUACUUCUCACCUUUAAGACCUUUGUCUCAUAUGAAAUUUGCCACAGAACCUUGUCCUGGGCUGCUGGCUGUUCCUUUAGAUAGAUAGUGGCCAGAAAUGGUUUUUAAAAACUAUGCAAGUGGUGUGGUGGGUUUCUAAAGCAGGUUGGUGCUAUGCUGGGCCCUGAGCUGUAUCUGGAAAUACAGAGCCAUGGAUGUGAUGUGGAAGGGGCUUAUAAAGAGCACCUAUUUCAGCUCCCUCUCACAAGGAGGCAAAUGUUUACUCUGAUUUAAAACUUCCAAGGCGAGGAGUGUCAUGAACUCCUCAAGCAGUUCCAGUUCUUGGCUGCUCUUGCAGCAGCUGGAAAGUUGGAGCUAUUUCCUAAAUCUAAUUAACCUUCCUUGCCACAUUGUAAAUUUGUUUCUACUUGUCUUCCAUAUGGUCAAAGAAAAUUUAAUUAUCUUUUUUUUGCAGCAGUCCUUACUCAAAGAUGGCUGUAAUUUCUGCCCUCAUCCUUUGUCUUUUGUAAACUGAAUAAACCAGUUGAGAAA